AUGGCCAAUUUCGACACGGAAAGGUUCAUAAUUGAAGUUGAAAAUAGAAGAGGUUUAUGGGAUUUAGAAUCAAAUGAUUACUCCAAUAAAGAUGUUAAGCGGCAGUUGUGGCUUGAACUGGUCGAUAUAUUUGGCGGUGAAUCCAUGGAAGAUAAAGAAAAGGCAGAACUUGGCAUUACUCUCCAAAAAAGAUGGAAAAACCUUAGAGACUGUUUCACAAGAGAGCUGCGCCGUCUUAAAGAUGUCAAAAGUGGUUCUGCUGCAAAACGUAAAUCACAAUACACCUAUUUCAACCAAUUACUGUUUUUGAAAUCAGUGCUGGACACAAACGCAACAGAAAAUAGUCUCGAAGAGGCAAGUCAAGAAAAUAAAAGUGCAAGAUCUUCUGAUCUUGAGACUCAACAGUCUGCAUCAAAGUCGCUUAGAACAAAAAGGAAGAAAAAAAUGCCAAACGAAGAAUCCGAUACAGACCCUCUAAUUUCAGUUCUGCAAAAGACCAUAGCGACUACACAGAAUGAUUCAAAUUGUGACAGCCUGUUUCUUUUAUCCCUCCUCGAAAGAUUUCAAACAAUCCCUGCUGCAAUGAAGACCAAAGCGAAAAUGGAAAUCAUGGAAAUUAUAGAAAAAUACCAACCGAACUGUACACCUACAACAGCGCGCAUAAACUAUUCAAGUAAUUUCAAUACUCUUAACGACCAAGAAUAUGACCCUAAUCGACCGAGUUAUUCAGGUUAUUCUACUACCAACAGGAUAUCAGAUGAUUCAAAUUACAGCGAUAAUCAUACUCAUUAUUCUGAUAUUUCUCAAAAUUCAGAAAUGAUAGACCUAUUUCCCAAUUUCAAUGAUUAAUUGUUCACAAUUGCCAUUUUUUAAGUUAUGAAAAUACAAAUAAUUUGAUUAUCUA